AUGUUGGCAUUACUGAUGAUUCAAAAUGAAUUUAUUAUAGUGAUUCGUAACGUUUUUAGCAGUUAUGUAGUGAUCUUUCAAAAAUUUCGAAAAAUGAGUCGGCGACGAAGGCGAGCUGAUUUCAUAGAUUCGCUAAAUAGUUUUCAACAUUGUGAGACUGAUCCCGAUACAUUUUCUUCAAUGUCUCAAGACAGUUUGAAUGAAAUUCAAAGUAAAGAUAAAAGUAAUCAUGCAUCUGAUAAUAUUACGUGCAACAAUAAAGAUUCUCCUAUUUUAGCUGGCAGCUUUUCAAAACUUUCUUGUAUACAGAAUCCAUCAAUUAAUUCAUCUUCAAUUAUACAUCCUACAUCAAAUUUAAAUAAGUGUAUUGACUUAUUUCAAGAUGAACAGUUAUGUGUUAAAACGGAUAAUAAUAAAGAAAAUAAUAAUCCUCAGAAUUUUACAAAUAAUACAUCUAACAAAUUAUCAAGUGCAGUUAAAAAGCAAACCACAGAUUUGCAUCCUAAGUUACAAUCCAAUGCAAUGUGCAAAAAUUUAAGGAGGGAUACCAACUACAAUGUAAACAGUAAUAGAUUAAACGCAAGUUCUAUUUUGGAUAAUGCAUGUAAUACAAAGCUGAUACCGCCAUUUGUUUCUCCCCACUGUACAGAUGGAAACAAACAGAAUUUUUCUAGAAAUUAUGAAGAUGAACAUGUGGAUAUUGGAACAAAAAAAUUUGAGACCAUGCUUUGUUUAUUAGAUAAUUACUUUAAUCAAGCACAAGAAGUUUCACAGACACAACAAAUAUUAAAACGUUUAUCUGAUAAAUUCGAACAAUCACCAAAAACUUUUACUGAAAAACUCUUAACUAUCAUUGAAGAGUCUGUCAUGUAUGAUGAUGAUGAUGCAAACAAAACAUCUGCAAUAAAUUUAAGCAGAUUAACAACAGAAUUUAGAAAAAUGUGUAAAUUUAUUGAAGAUGAAUCUGCUCCUGAAUGGCCUUCAUUUCAAAUGUCUACGCUUACACACCCAGAAGCUUCUAUAAGCCCUGCAUGUAAUAGAUCUAUUCACAUAACAAAUUGCAAAAAUGAAAAAUUAUGUUCUCCCAUAAAUACAUCUCUAUGUACUACUCCUGUCUCUGGUAUAGAUGUAAUUAAAAGAAGAUUCUUUGCUAAAAUAUCAAAAUGUAAUUCUAGUAAGAGUAUUAAUAAUGUAGAUAAUGCAAGUAGUACAUCUUUUGAACAUUUGGAAGAUCAGUGUAAUAGAAUGUUUCCUAAAGAAAAAGAAUGUUCUGCCCGUUUACAUAAAAUUUCGUCAUUGCCUUCUUUGUUAAGUAUGAGUCAUAUUCAUAAUAUAUGUGAGCAACAAAUGGCAUCAUUAAAUGUGUCUGAUGAUGUAAGUCCACAAAAAAAUAGAGCAUUAAGUACUCCAAAUUUAUUGGAUAAAUGUCAAAGUCCAUCUAUAAACAAAACAGACCUUAAUUGCUCGAAGUUAAAAGAAUUAUACAAUAAAUCACAAGGUAAUCAGUGUAGUGAUAUCUCAUAUUCUAAGAAAAAAACUAAAAGAAUUAAUGAAAAGCCUGUUCUGAAUAUGGUGACACCUGAUAAGGUAAAUAGUUAUACAAUACUAGAUCUAGAUGAAUUAGACAAAUCACUUAUACAAGACAUAGCAGAAAAAAGGAAGAGAUGUCUUAAUACAGCAAGAAUUAUUACAGAAAUUAAUGCAGAUCCUGAAAUUAUAGAGAUACAAAAAACAUUGAGAAUGUCUCCUAUGUUUGCGAAUGAUAGUGAAUCAAAUUCAUUGAAUGAUGAAACUAAAUUUUUACAAACUCUAGUCUCUUGUAAAGACUAUCAAAUGUGUUUAGAAAAACAUAAAUCUCUCUUGAAGAUACUUGAAAAUUCAAAUUUUGUAAGUGAAAGUAACUUAAAGAAAACUGAGGACGCUGAUCCAAAAUAUGAAAAAAAUAUAGUUUCUAAAAAAGAAACCGUAAAUAUUAAAAAGACAUCUAGUGGAACAAAAUUCAAUUUAAGUCCAAAUGUAAAAUCACCAUUGUUAAAGAAACAGGGUAUGCAAGAGAAAGAGAUACAAGAAAGUGUAAAGACAAAACUUUUUACGACACCCGGAAAAUCUCCUUUAAAUAAGAGUUGUAGAAAGAAAAAAACAUAUUUUCCUGAUAUGAACACUCCUGUACAGAAUACUAAAGUAAGACACAUUUUAAAAAGUCCACAUGCAGAAGGCUUAUAUCGCUUGAAUUAUAAUACUAUAAUGUCACCAGUGGGUAUGUAUAUAAGAGGCACAGAUAUGCAACUUAUAAAAAAUGUACAUGCUAAAACAGAUAAUUUAUUGCUUACUCCUGUGAAACAGAAUACUAAAUCAUUAUCAAACAGAAAUUCAAAACAAAAUGCUUCGUCAAAAACUAUAAAUAAAACUCAAAAAACCACAGCUCUCAAGAUUAAUUUAUCUCCUAGAAUAAAUACAAACGAGCAGGAGGCACAUGUAAUAAAAACACCAGAGUGUGAUAAUACACCUGCAAGUCAUUUUGUCCUUCCUAGGGUUUCAUAUAAACUUCCUUUACAAGUUAAAACAAUAAGGAAUAGUAAAUCGCCAAAACAUGGAAUUCGUGUCAAGAAAUUACUUGAAACUGCUCAAAGCAAAGUUGUUAUCCGACACGAAGCCCGGAUAAAUUCAGCACAAAAAGGGAAGAAUGCAGCAAAUAAUGGGAUGUAUGAAAUUAAUUAUGAACCUGAAGAUGAAUCCAUACAUGUUGAAGAAGCAGCCAGAAAAACGAAUUUUAUUAACAAUUGGAGAAACGCUUAAAUUCUAUUUAAAUAUUUGCAAUAAAAUGAAUAUUUUAUAUUUUUAUUAUAAGUAACUUAAGCGUUGGUAAAAAGCAAUAAUAUUUAGUGAAGUACAUGUAAUUUCAUUUAAUUUAAUUCUAUAUUCUAGAAAAGUUCCUUAAUGAACUUUACAACUUUUACUUCC